AUGUCGGACGAUGAAGGUCGCCUGCUCAUCGACGACAUACAGGAUGGCUCCGGAUCCAUGGACCAUGAAAUCCCUGCAAUCGUCGACAUUAAGACUGCUCAAGGUGAUGCUGAGAACACGUCUAUAAAUAAGUUAUCAACGCCUCUUACCGUGCCAGUGUUUGGCCAACCCCAAGUGACCUCUAGUAGUGAGGUUCACUUUCAUAGUGGCGCACCUUCGAAUGCUCAACGGCACGAACCUUCCCCGUUUACAUUUACCAACAGUCUUGCGAAGUUACACUGUGAACAUGAAACUUCUUCACCGAACAAUACGUCACCACCGAAGCACAGGAAACGACCUCAGCAAGAGACGAGUUCUUCUGUAUUUGCUCCAAGAAGUGAUAACAACCAUUCCUUAGCAACCACUCCUCGCAGUUCCUUAUCCUCACACGAUAAUAGCAGCCUACAGGGCGAUAGUUCAGCUAACGGAAAGCGUCAAAAGAGGUACAAAACGAACGGAAUGUCAAAAGCACGGAAUGAUACGCUAUCAUCACGGAAGAGGAAGGACAGCUCCCUUGACGAGCAUAAUCGCCCAGAUUCACCAGUGGAACCUGGUGGUGCAACAUCCAAAAAGCAUAAGCCGGUACGUAUAAGGAGAAUGUUCUUGUUGCUUGGAUUCAUCGGGAGAGUCGUGUUUUGA